GGGCUCACUGUUCAGGCAGGGAGCUGCCUUUCCUUUUCUCCCCUCAGCCCGCCAAGAGUCACGCCUUUUCCUUUCCUUUCUUUUUUGGCGAGCGCCUCCUCGCUCUGGGGAGGGUCUCCUCCCCACCGGGCGGCGCUUCCCUUCCCUUUCCCCGAAUCACCGCAUAUGGAGGGCGUUAUAAAUGCUGCACAGGUCCCGAAAGAGAGAAGCUAGUCGGGCGGCAGCAGCAGCACCCGCGUUCUUCCGCUCGGAUCCGUCCGUUUCCUUCCAGUUGCCUGCGAAAAUGCGGCCCCUGAGGCUGCUCUUGGUGGCGCUGGCGCUGGCCGGCCGAAGGGUGGCUCUAGCGGCACUAUCGCCACCCGCGACCCCUUUAGGCGCGCAGUGCGUGGGCUCCUCCUGCUUCAGUUUGUUCUGGGCGGCGCGGAGCUUCUCCGAGGCCGGGGACGUGUGCGCGGGAGGUGGAGGACACCUCAUGUCGGUGCGCUCGACGGUAGAGGCCGAGGCGAUUGCGCUGCUGCUGCGCGGCCAGUCGGGCAGCGCCUGGCUGGGCUUGCGCCUGCCCGCAAAUGUUUCCGCCGAGCCCGCUAAGCCGCUGCGCGGCUUUCACUGGGUGGCGGGCGACGAAGACACGGACUACAGCAACUGGACCGGCCACCACGCGGCGGCAGGCGUUCGCGGCCCCAGAUGCGUCGUGGUGACCCACCAGCUGAGCUGGGAAGAGCGCGCCUGCGACGCCUCUGCCGAAGGGCUGCUUUGCGAGUACAGUUAUCCGGGAGGCGCCUGCGCACCGCUCAGCCUGCCGCAAGGGGCGUCCGUCUCCUACCUCACCCCCUUCGGAGCGCGGGACGGAGACCUCGUGGCCUUGCCCCCGGGCACGACCGCCGAGGUGCUGAGUCUGGGUGCCAGCCUGGAGUGCAGAGCGCGCGGCCCCGAUGGCCUCUUGCGAUGGAGCUCUCCUCUGGCGGGCGCCUGGAACUGCGAGCUGCAAAACGGGGGCUGUGAGGAGCAGUGUGCUUGGGACGACCAGAAGAGACCUUUCUGCACCUGCUCGGAAGGCAAGACGUUGGCGGCGGAGGAUAAACGCACCUGCGUCUCUCCGUGUGACGUUGUGCAAUGCCAGCAAUUUUGCAUAGGCCUAGGCGUCUGCAUGUGCGAGGCGGGGUAUGAGCUAGAUGUGGAUGGCAAGAGCUGUAAGGACAUUGAUGACUGUAAAGUAAAUACUGGUCUCUGUCCACAGCUGUGUGUCAACACCAUGGGGGGCUUCGAGUGCAAAUGCUCACCAGAAUAUGAAUUAGUGAUGGACAAAUGCAUCGAACGGGAAAUGAACCAGAAUUGCUUUGACAGUCAAUGUGAACAUGAUUGUGUUCCUCUAAAAGAAGGCUAUACUUGCAGCUGCCGAGAUGGAUUUAUUCCAGAUCCCAAAUCUCCUCAUAAGUGUCUUAUGUUUUGUAACAAGUCUCAGUGCCCAGCAAAAUGUGAUCCACACUCAGGGACUGACUGUGAUUGUCCAGAUGGAUUCAUCUUGGAGGAGAAAGAUGAGGCAAAUGUUUGCUCAGACAUAAAUGAGUGUGACUCUGGUGAAUGUGGUAAACUGGAAUGCAUAAACACACCAGGCAGCUAUAAAUGCAGAUGUUCCAAUGGGUCCAUUGUUGAAGACCUGGAAUCUUGUAAAGGACCUGGAACUGAAUCUUACCCCAAAACAUCCGUUUCCACUUCUGUCCCUCCAAAGCAUGGCAGCAGCUCAGAGAUGUUGGUUGCAAUCAGAAUUAGUACCAUGUCUGUGCUAGUGGUCUUAGGAGCCAUUCUAUGGUAGUUGCUGAAGAAACCACAGUGCAGACAGACUACAAUGGAUUACAAAUGUCAACAAACUGAGACUGGUGUGGUGCUGCAGCCUGUUAGCCCAAGUAGUGCCUCUUUCAAACAGAACAUGUAGGAGAUGUUCUCCUUGGAGAGAAAGAAGUGUGUGUGUGUAACUUAUUUUUUUAAAGCUAGAUAGACAAGCUUAGAAAUUUUAGAAAUGUCUGUAUGCAGACAUGAUCAUGCACAAACUAUUUUAUUUAUGGUUGCCUGCAAGAACGCUGGAGUGGAGACAUUUUAGAAAACUUUCUCGACUGCCUGAGCAUUGCUAAUUCUCAUACACUGAGAACAGAGUGUUCAGCUCUGAACGUUUUGUGGCUCACAAACCAAGAAAAAAAUCUGCAAUGGAAUAGAGCUUGGAUAUUUUCUAGGACUUCAGCUCUAGCACCUUUUUCUUCAGAUGCAGUAUUAGUGAUUUAUUCUUUUUACUGACCAUGAUACUGUCAGUGUUCUUAAAACUAAAGAUGAACUUGAAAAGCUGGUUCUAAACAUGACUCGGAAACUUGUCAUGAGCAAAAUGUUUUGCAUUAUCUUCUAUAGUUCUCUUCUUGCUAACCUUGUCUGUUCUCAAUUUCAUGUACCUGCCCUAUUUUCUUUCUGCUUCAUGUAUCUGAUGAAGAAAGCAGUUGUCUGCAAAAGCUCAUGUUAAGUCAACCACUAAGAUACACACCACCCACUGGGAAGUUCCCCUGUGCCAAUACCACUGAAGAUGGAAACUCUGCAAGAGCAUUGCUAUUUGCUAUGUUCUUUGUGCACAUUCCACUUUCUAAAAAGAUGAUGAUGUGCAAGAGAUCUUCCUGAUGGGUUAUACAACAUGUCUGUAUGGUGCCAGUGCAGUUUGGUAUUCUUUUUGCUCCAGACUACACAAUUGUUUUACAACAGGGGUUGUGCUUCUUCCUUUGUCAUUCCUAUGAAAACUGUACUUUUCCUUCUCUCUUUCUACUGUGGAGUUCUUGAAUAUUCUCACAACAGUUGUGCUGGAUCUCUGUUUCUAGACACACUUCAGAGUGUUGGGUUAAUAAAUACCUUUUAAAGCUCAAAUUGCUUGGAACCCAGGUACCUUGAGGGCCACCUCCCCCGGCACACCGAGCUACUUUCUGCUUAGUUCUUUUCCAUGUCUUUGGGAUUGAGGCACGUCGUCACUGGGGACAGGGCCUUUUCAGUUGUGGUGCCCUCAUUUUGGAAUGCUUGCCUGACAAUUUGAUGUAUUUUUACCACCUUGUAAGGAACUUCUUAUAUGUUAUCUUUCGACCUAUAGAGAAUAUAGUUUUAUAUUAAUGUUCUGUUGCUUGUUGGGUAUCUUAGUGAUUUUAACAAGUUUGUAAUGCAGUUUUAUAGUUUUUAAUUGUGAAUGCCACUAUAGGGAGUAUCUUAUUAAAUUCUCCAUAAUACAUAAACAAAAUGCAUUCUGUUAGAUUUUAAAAAAAGAAAAGGUUGGCUCCUAAAUCAUGAGGUCUGUACCUGUUGGCAUCUAGACAUUUUUGUUUAGCUAAAUUAGAUUCUUUAGGCCUGAUUUGCUGUCUUCUGUAGGUGUAAUCCUACUCUUUACUCUCCUUUUGAAAAAUGUGUGAUGAUUUCUGUAGAAGCAGGAUCAUUAUCUGUUUUUCAGUAUUGUGUUUUGGAAAUCUGGAAAACAAUGUUUUCUUGUCCUCAUCUGAGAAGUUUUUAAAAAGAUGUUUAUUGUAAAACACAUUUUACAACCUGUUGAAGUCAACAGUAUAAAAUAACUUGGAUCUCAAACUACAGUGUAGCCAAAGUUAAACAUACUAUACUUAAGUUACACUAGUUUGAAUGGGAGAGUUAAAAGGACACUGCAUAGCAGCAUCUGUGGAGUAAGCUGCAGUUGUAGUUUCUUUCCUGUGUGCUUCUUGUGAUCCCAGUGCAGCAGUCCCUUUUAGGAAAUGAGCAAGUGGGUGUUGCCAAAGUUUUGUUGAACACAAUAAAGCUGUUGAUUUUGUUAAAACAGCCCUGACUGAACACCCCCUGUAUUUUUUAUAGGACUGAUAACUUUCAUCAGCUAUCUUGUAAACACUGAAUACUUCUAAGUAUCUAUGAGAAAUGUUACCCAGAAAGUUACUGUGUCAUCGUGUGUAUAGAUAAUAAAAUCAACUUGUUGAUUAUGAAGUUUGAAA